UUCUUGACAAUCGUAUAGAUGGGAAAGAACAAGAAGACGAUGUCUGGUGGCGAUAGCCAACACUCACCUUCGACUAUUUUUGUUAACAAUUUACCUUAUUCUUUCACUAAUGCUCAGUUGGAGGAAACUUUCAGUGAAGUUGGACCAAUUAGGCGGUGUUUUAUGGUUACCAAUAAAGGUUCAAGCGAGCACCGAGGUUUUGGCUUUGUCCAAUUUGCAUCUGUAGACGAUGCUAACCGUUCCAUCGAGCUAAAGAAUGGAUCAGUGGUUGGAGGAAGGAAAAUUGGCGUUAAACAGGCUAUGCAGCGUGCGCCUCGUGAACAACGGCAAUCUAAGGGGGAUCAAGAAAGCACUGCAAAAGCAAAAGACGGCAAGGAUGGUCCUUCUGCUGAAUCAGUUGAGGACAAACAAGCUUCAAACCUGGAGGGAUCAGAAAGUACUGCACAAGCAAAAGACGGCGAAGAUGGUCCUUCUACUGAACCAGCUAAGCACAAACAAGCUUCAAACCCACGAAGUACUGCACAAGCAAAAGACGGAAAAGAUGGUUCUUCUACUGAAGCAGCUAAGCACAAACAAGCUUCAAACCCACCGGGAACAGAGAACUCAGGGAAACCCACUAGGAAAAAAAAGGCUACAUUGCUUUCCAAUGGUGCAGCUGAUGAAGGAAAUUAUUCAGGAAAGCAGAGGGUCGCCAGGACAGUUAUAGUAGGAGGAAUUGUAAAUGCAAAUAUGGCAAAAGAGGCUCACCAGCUUGCGGCGGAGUGUGGCACUGUAUGUUCUGUUACUUAUCCUCUUCCAAAAGAAGAGAUUGAAAAUCAUGGGCUAGCACACGAUGGUUGUAAAAUGGAUGCUUCAUCUGUACUUUUCACUAGUGUCAAAUCAGCUCAAGCUUGUGUUGCAUCAUUACACCAAAAAGAAGUACAUGGAGCAACGCUUUGGGCACGCCAACUUGGUGGAGAGGGCUCAAAGACUCAAAGGUGGAAGCUUAUAUUGAGGAAUCUUCCUUUUAAGGCCAAAGUGAAUGAGAUAAAAGAUAUGUUUUCAAAAGUUGGCUUCGUGUGGGACGUGUUUAUCCCUAAGAAUUUUGAGACAGGGUUAUCAAAGGGAUUUGCAUUUGUCAAAUUUACAACGAAGCAGGAUGCAGAGAAUGCUAUUAAGACAUUUAAUGGGAAAACAAUGAAUAAACGAACUAUUGCUGUUGAUUGGGCCGUUUCCAAAAAGGUUUAUGCAUCUGGUGGUCAAUCUUCAGCAACUGCAAUAGAUGAACAGAGCGCAAAAGAUGAUAGUGGUAGUGAUACGGAGGAUGAAGACAUUGAUAUUGAUGGAAAAUCUCAGCAAGCUGAGGGGGACGAAGAUGACUCUGACCUUUUAGAUGAAGAUAAUCAGACCGAAGUUAACUUUGAUGAGGAAGCAGACAUUGCGAAAAAAAUUCUUCAGAACUUUAUUUCUCCAACUUCAAUAGGGACAGUUACUUCCGCUAAUGAUAUUUCAAGCCCCCAAAAGAAGGGUAAGGAAGUUGAAACUAUUCUCCCCCUGGAUGCAUCUACUCCGAAUAAAGCACUAGAUGACGUUUUGGGUAAGGACAAAGAGAUUAAAGCUAUGCAGAGUGAGGGAGCAGAUGAUCUGCAGGGGACAGUUUUCAUUAGCAACCUUCCUUUUGAUGUUGAUUAUGGAGAAGUCAAACAACGGUUUUCAGCUUUUGGUGAAGUGGAGUACUUUGCUCCAGUUCUUGAACAAGUCACCAAACGACCAAGGGGUACUGGAUUUCUCAAAUUUAAAACAGCAGCAUCUGCUGAAGCUGCUAUUUCCGCUGCCAGUGUUGUGGAUGGUUUAGGUGUCUUUCUGAAGGGUCGGCAAUUGAAGAUUUUAAAGGCCUUGGACAAGAAAGCUGCUAAUGAUAAGGAGUUGCAGAAGACCAAAAAGGAGGAUAAUGACCAUCGCAACCUUUACCUGGCAAAGGAGGGUCUUAUUUUGGAGGGUACCCCAGCUGCUGAAGGUGUUUCAGUGAGUGAUAUGUCAAAGCGCAAGGGGCUGCAAGAAAAGAAGAUUAUCAAGCUGAAGUCCCCAAAUUUCCAUGUGUCAAGGACACGGCUGAUUAUGUACAAUAUUCCCAAGUCAAUGACUGAAAAACAGCUGAAGACACUUUGCAUUGAUGCAGUUACUUCUCGUGCUACUAAGCAAAAGCCUGUUAUCCGGCAGAUAAAGUUUUUGAAGGACGUCAAAAAAGGACAAGCAGUGGCAAAGAAUCAUUCUCGUGGAGUAGCUUUUCUUGAGUUCUCAGAGCAUGAACAUGCGCUUGUGGCUUUGAGAGUUCUUAACAACAAUCCUGAGACUUUUGGUCCCGAGCAUCGACCAAUAGUGGAGUUUGCUCUUGAUAAUAUCCAAACAAUGAAGCUUCGUCAGAAAUUUCAGCAGCAAGGUUUUAACAGGAACAAAGAAGAUUUGCAGAAGAAUGACAAUACAAAUGAACGGGAUCCCCGCGAUAAACAGUCAAGAAAACGAAAGGCAACAGGAGAAGAUGAAGCAAAUAACAAGCGUGUCAGAGGUGCCACUUCGAGGGAAGGCAAUGUGUCGUUAGUUUCAGGUAGUAAAGAUGGAGAUCAACCGAAAAACAAAGGUGUUAAAGGAGCCACCUUCUCUGCAGAAGAAAGAGAUGAGAAGAACAAGAAGAAGGAAGGUAGAAAGCUAGGAGGUGCAAAAGAGAAACUAAAAGAUAAUCAAGAAGGAAAAAGGCAUGGUGGCUUUGGUAGUGAAAAAUCAGGUAAUGCUACUCCCAAGGUUGGACAUAAAGAAGAUGUUGCAGCAAGAGCAACAAAGAGGAAAUUUGAAGAUAAAACUAACCAACAAAAACAAAGCAUCAGUUUACAGAACAGGAAAAAGGAUAAAAAGAAGAAAGACGCAGUUGGACGAGAUGGAGUAGAUAAGCUAGAUAUGCUUAUUGAACAAUAUACAUCCAAAUUCACUCGCAACAGUUCUAAUCAAACUGAUAGUAACCAGCAGCGCUCUAAGCAGCUUAAGAGAUGGUUCCAAUCCUAAACCAUUCACAGGUUUUUGUGUAGCUUAAUUUUAUGGUGAUAUUAAGAAGAGGUGAGAGUCAUCGUUUGUGGUUUGUAUUUUUUGUUGUAUUUCCCCCGUAAAAUAUCUCAUAACAAUUUUAGUUUUAAAAUAUGGGAUUACAAUUUUGGUCAAAGAUUUUCUUCCUUUUU